UAUUAUUAUUAUUUUUUAGAACAAUAAAAAAAUUUACACCUUUUUUGUAAAUUUAUACUUCCUUUCAAAUUGAUAUUAAAGUAAUAAAAAUUCGAGAAAAUUGGCCCUAGGAUAAAAAUUUCAUUCUAGUGUAUCGUAGUAUAUAAAAAAGUGAAUGACCGAGGUAAUUGUUAUUUAAAAAAUAUCAAUUUAGUAAUAACAGGGCACUCGUAUAUUCUUGGCUGAGAUCCGCCCCUGGAAUAUAUCUUGCUUGCGCUCUUUCUCACACUCCACCCCAAACCUUCCGUCUCGCCCAAAUGACAGAGUCAUUGGGCACCGAAACGCCAUGGAGCACUGGCUGAUGCACAAAGCCGCUCUGGCUCUCGGCAUCUCGGCGGAAAGCAGCCUCUUCUUCCGGCUCUACGCCCUCUCCAUUUUCGUCCUCAUCUCCGUCUCUUCCAUCCACGUGCUGCACUUGUCCGGUUUAGCCUCGUUGAUCGAAAACAGGGCGCAGAAUAUCAGCGUCUCCGUGGCCUACCUGUUCGACGUGCUCGCACGCUCGGCCAGAGUAAUCAGCUACGUCAUAAUGCACCUGCUUUCGUACAGGCACGAAAAAUCAUUUCAAAAUGUUCACAAAGAGUUGUGCGAGUUGCGUUGGCGCCUCAGUGGUCGUGCCAAUGUAAGCAACCACGUCACCCUUUUCUUCGUCCUCGGCUUCACCCUUGUGCGAAUCGUGUCCACCUUGUACCGGCUCAUCAUCACUGAGGGCACCCUUCUCAACUUCCCUUACCACUUCAAAUUUGUAUUCAACGUCGUCAUGGAGCUGCAGCUCUACUGCUUGCUGGCCGAGUUGGACCAGAGCUUCGACGCCAUCAACGCCAAACUGGCGCAGCUCGGGAAAAAAAUCCCCAACAAUGCGCUCACACUUUGCGGAAACGUCUUUGUCGACAAAUGGAAAUUGCCACAGACUGUAGAGUAUAUUGGAGUGCAUAGGUCAUCCCUGAUUUCGUACUCCAUGGCCGUUCGGAAUUUGCGUCGGGUGCAUUCGUCCCUGAGCGACAUCAUGCGUCGCAUCAACAGUCUCUUCGGCGUGCGACUCUUGGUUGACAUCACAGCCCAGUUAACUGCCCUCAUGCUUCGACUGAAAAUGAUCAUCACGUGGCUCUUCGACGGGCUCAACACCUCGGUGGAAAAUAGCGACACCAACUCGAUUCAAAUCGGUCUAGAGCGAGCACUCUCGGCCUUCAUCGUCUGUCCAAUCCACGUGGGGACCGUUUUCGCCGUUGUCUUCUUUUGUUCAAGGACUAUUAAAAAAGCAGAGCAAACUACGAUUGAGUUGCAUAAGCUGUUGAACUACAGUGUGGACAAAGAAGGCCGAGAUGAAUUGCAGAUUUUUGCUAUGCAGCUGCUGCAGAACAAGGCGCAGUUCACAGCUGCUGGCGUUUUCCCACUCGAUUUCACUUUGCUUUACUCGUUCAUGGGCGUGAUAACAACAUAUCUUGUCAUCUUAAUUCAGUUCGGAGCUUCAUUGCCAAGGCACCCGACCCAACUAAUGGAUAAAAAUUUAUGCGUCAAUGGAACUCUCAUUUAGUUGCAAAAUAAAUGUUCAUUUGUUAAGAUUUAAAGAAGAGUAAAGUGUAA